GUCGGCUGCUGUAGCUCCUCGAAGUAAAGGGAGAACGCCAUUUUAUACAGUGUUGUCCGACUGGAGUCUUCGACUUGUGCAGAUCCAGCUAUACACAUGUUGUCCUUGCAGCAGGGUGCCGUGUCUUCGGACGUGCUCGCAGCCGCGCAGCUCGAGUUGGGGCACAACCCAAAUGCGUUGGCUCUGCGCCGUCCGUUCGAUCCUGUGGCACAUGAGUUGGACGCAAACUUCCGACUCACUCGUUUUGCUGAUCUCAAAGGAUGAGGGUGCAAGGUCCCUCAGGAGAUUCUUAUGAAACUCCUAGAGGGACUGCAGCAAGACGAGCACAGUGCCCAGGACAAUGACCACGCCCAUUUCAUGCUGAUGGCCAGCCCCAGGAUCGGAAUUGGCAUGGAUGCAUCUGUGACCCCACUAAGACAUGGAGGACUUUCCUUGGUUCAGUCCACCGACUUUUUCUACCCAAUUGUUGAUGACCCUUACAUGAUGGGCAAAAUUGCUUGUGCUAACACCCUUAGUGACCUGUACGCCAUGGGAGUGACCGAGUGCGACAACAUGCUGAUGCUCCUCGGCGUUUCCACAAAAAUGGCAGAGAAGGAGCGGGAUGUUGUCGUUCCCUUGAUGAUGCGGGGCUUCAAGGAUUCUGCUCUAGAGGCUGGUACAAGUGUCACCGGCGGCCAGACCGUCCUCAACCCUUGGUGCACAAUUGGCGGCGUUGCCACCACUGUUUGUCAGCCCAACGAAUACAUUGUACCAGACAAUGCGGUCGUUGGAGACGUCUUGGUGCUGACCAAACCCCUUGGAACCCAAGUUGCUGUUAGUGGUCACACGUGGCUGGACCAGGCAGACCGGUGGAACAGGAUCAAGCUUGUUGUGUCAGAGGAUGAUAUGAGGAAGGCUUAUCAACGUGCCACAGACUCGAUGGCGAGGCUUAACAGAAUUGCCGCCCGAUUGAUGCACAAAUACAAUGCACAUGGUGCCACCGAUGUGACUGGCUUCGGCCUGCUCGGACACGCGCAGAACCUGGCGCGGCACCAGAAGAAUGAGGUCUCCUUCGUAAUCCACAACCUGCCCGUGAUCGCCAAAAUGGCAGCCGUUGCUAAAGCGUGUGGCAACAUGUUCCAACUCUUGCAAGGUCACUCGCCAGAGACCUCUGGAGGUCUGCUCAUCUGCCUACCGAGAGAGCAAGCCGCCGCUUACUGCAAGGACAUCGAGAAACAAGAGGGUUACCAGGCGUGGAUCAUCGGCAUCGUGGAGAAGGGCUCGCGCACAGCGCGCAUCAUAGACAAGCCGAGAGUCAUCGAAGUGCCAGCUAAGGAGAAGGACGGCGAGCUCUGGUAGAGCGAGCGAUUCCCAGGUGAAAGGCAGCCGGCCCCGAACUUGAAGGCACACAGCUCGGGGACGCCUCCCUUUGCCUCAUUCACUCACUCUUCUGCGUUAUUCCUCGAUUGGUUGUGAGCCAUCGGUGACACAAGCAACCUAACAUUACAUUUAUUUUUAUUUAACGAGAGUUAUAUAGAUUCAGAAAUUCCUUUUCACUGCUUGAGCUAUUGGUUUUUUAAGAAAACUUGGAAAAUAAUAUGUCUGGAUCACUAUUACAUCUGAGAAUCAAUAAAUUCUGGCGGUUUUAAGAAGAAA